GCCACCAAUUGGUCUGUGCACGACACUGCAGUAGGAACCCAGAGUGCAUUAGUGCAGAUUGUGUACAGGGCUGUAGCUUAUGAGCGACGAGGAGGACACUGGAGAGGACGACCGAAGGAUUUUGCAAUCGGCUAGACGCCCAAUUGCCCACUUGGCAUUAGGACCAGAGGGCGACAGAUAUCUGUUCCGCCAGCUUAGGGAGAGGCAGCAGCAGCAGAGGAGGGCUAGAGCAGCAGAGGCUAGCAGGGCACUUGUGAGUGAGGCUGCAGCUUCGGAAGCCAUGGCCACUUCUGCGCAGCAGACUACUCAGGCCGGUAGUUCAGGGUCUGUCGGGUCAACGGUCGCGCAGACCCAGAGUCAGUCCGCUGGCGUAAUGGCGAGCCAGCCAUUAGUGUUGACAUCCGACGAGAUCGCCAUACAACAAGCAGCAUUGCAGGAGGCACAACUACAGAAGGCGUUAGGAGAUAUAAAAGCGGAGAAAGAAAGAAUGAUUAGAAGAAGAGCCAGGAUGCAACGGAGACAAGCGGACGUUAGUGAGUUAGAGGAGAUGGACCUGACGCACUUGACUGAUGAGGGAUAUGGUCAUGACUUCCGCUCUUGGGCAGCCCACCAAAAACUGGAGGACUUUCUCAAGAUGGUGGAGGAAAGGUGGCAUGAUCCUCAGGAGGCUCAAAAGGCCACUGACACGAUCUUGACACUGCACACACGGCAGUUCAAGUCAAUCAGGGAGGCCACCGACGUUGUAGAGCGUCUGAUCUGUGUCCCUGGGGUGCGCUAUGACCCCCAGGUUUUACUCACCUCGUACCUGAGAUGCUUUCCAAUGCCUCUCAGGAAUCAGUUGGCACGUGAGGCCAACAUCAAUGUUCACAACUUCCCCUCGUUCAGCAAGAAGGCCCUAGACCUUGAGGCAAAAGUAGGGCAUGGGCAGGCACCCACUACGGAUGGUAGGAAGAAAACACUGCCUCCCAACUGGAAGGCGAAGGGACGCAUUAUGUUUGUCGAUAACGAUGGUUCCACCAUCGAAUUAGACAACUUCCAGGAGGGAGUAGGUGCAGAGGCGGGCAGCGUUGAAGCUUCACGGGGUGGAGUUGUCACUGCCGUAACUCAAAAAGGGGUUGUAGAGAGGGAGGUCGUCCACGCGAUAGAAAUUAUCCCAGGGUCUAGCAUCCCGAAGGGUAGGAUCUAUCGGAUGUCUCCAGGCGAGCUCGAUGAGCUUCGCCGACAGCUCAAGGAACUCGUAGAGAACGGUUGGAUCCGGCCGAGUGUCUCUCCUUAUGGAUCUCCAGUACUAUUUGUACCUAAGAAAAAGGAGGGAACACUUCGGAUGUGCAUUGACCAUAGGGGCCUCAAUGCCAUCACUGUCAAGAACAGAGAGCCCCUACCGUGCAUCGAUGAUUUGCUUGAUAGAGUGCACGGGUGUCGGUACUUCAGUAAAAUAGAUCUGAAGUCUGGGUACCAUCAGAUUGCAAUCCGGCCCGAGGAUCAACACAAAACCGCAUUUCAGACCAGGUACGGUCUGUACGAGUUUGUGGUGAUGCCUUUUGGUCUUUGCAAUGCUCUUGGCACCUUUCAGCACGCUAUGAAUCGGAUUUUCCAUGACUACUUGGAUAAGUGUUUCAUCGUGUACCUCAAUGAUAUACUUAUUUUUAGUAAGACUGUCGAGGAGCACGUUGCACACUUGGACAAAGUCCUCAGUCUCCUGCGACACCACAAGUUCAAGAUCAACGGUGAGAAGUGCGAGUUUGGCCGCACCCGUGUCUUGUACUUGGGUCAUGAGAUUUCUGCGGAAGGGUUGAAGCCCGAUGACGCGAAGGUGGCCAGCAUUCGUGACUGGCCGCGUCCUCAGUCUGUGACUGAGAUGAGAUCUUUCUUAGGGAUGACCGGCUACUACCGCAAUUUCAUAGAGAACUAUAGCAUAGUCGCCGCCCCUUUGACUGAUUUGACAUGCCUUGACACCCCAUGGGAAUGGACUAAGAGAUGCGAGGCUGCUUUCAGACAUUUGAAGCAUGCGUUGACGCAUUACGAAGUCUUGAAACUUCCUGAUCCUGACAAGCCAUUUAUAAAGUUGGCUAAGUCCACAUAUGAGAAGGAACUCUAUGCGGUUUACAAGGCUCUGACCCAUUGGAGACACUAUCUCCUUGGCAGGUUCUUCAUCCUGAGGACUGGUCAUCAGACACUGAGAUGGAUGAGAACUCAACCGGUGCUCUCCGACACUCUGAAGCGUUGGAUCGAAGUCAUAGAGCAGUAUGACUUCGAGCCCCAAUACAUCAAGGGCGAGUACAACAAGGUUGCUGAUGCCUUGUCGCGUAGACCAGAUUUCUCUGGUGCGCUGAUCACUGAGUUUGUGCUUGCGGACAAUGUUACUCAGUCUAUGGUGGAAACCUAUCCUGAGGAUCCGUUCAUGUCCGAGAUCAUCCGCAGACUCAAAGCGAAGGACAAAGUGACUUCUGUAGAGUCCGAGUUGGUCAACGGCUUGCUGUUCCUCGGGAAGGCUGGGAAUAAACGUUUGUGUGUCCCAAAUAGCGAGUCUUUGCGUAGUUUGUUUUUAGGAGAGUGCCAUGAUGCCACCGGCCAUUUUGGGUACAAGAAGACCGCAGCCAAUCUGCUGCAGCGGUUCUGGUGGCCCACGAUGAUGUGAGACGCCCAGCUGUACGUAGAGACUUGUCAGGUAUGUCAAAGAGACAAGCCACGUACUCAGGCUCCUCUUGGGCUCCUGAAGCCCCUUCCGAUUCCGGAACGGCCUGGUGAGAGUCUGUCCAUGGACUUCAUGGAUACUCUGGUCACCAGCAAGAGUGGGAUACGACACAUAUUCGUCAUCGUGGAUAGAUUUAGUAAAUAUGCUAGGUUAGU